GUUUUGUUGAGCUUAUUGCAACGUCGCCUGUGUUGUGGUCCACACGAUGCGAUUUACUUGGAUGGUGUACAUUUUACUAGCAGUUAAUGCAGAUGUCAAUGGACAACAAGAUGAGUCUGAAAGAGAUAUAAUUAAUGUGGAAGCUGUGAACAUUAUUAAAGACUAUGCAGUAGACAUAGCAGUGGGUCCAAAAAAUGCGACUUAUUGUAGGCUUGAGGAUCCCACGGGAGCUGUAGUGUUCGACGGGUCCAGCCAAUGUAGACUGACUCUGAACAGAGUGGCGAUGGAACAUGAUGGAAUCUGGAACAUGACUAUAGGAUUACCGGGACGAGUUUUGACUGAAGACGUUUUAUUAACAGUUAAUGUAAUGGAGGCAGAUUCCAAGAUGGUGGUUUUAACGAGGGUGGAGAACCAGCAACCAUCGGUAAAGCUUUCCUGCUCGGUUUCGCACGCGUAUACUGUGCGAGGUUGCAGUUUCCGCGACCCGAGGGGAAAGACACUCGUCGCCACACAAGAAGGAGAAAGCGAAGAAGAUCCGGCAGUCAGAUACUCAACAAAUAUUAGCAACCACGAGUGCAGUCUGCUUUCAACCAACCCUGUGGAGAGUGUGCUUGGCGCGUGGCGCUGCGCUGUCGAGACAGAUCUUGGCACACACUACGGCUUCUUAUCCGUCAUCUGUCCUUGGCUAUUGAACGAUACUGAAAAUAAAGAUGAUUAUUAUUUGGAACCAUUUUUAGACACUCAAAGGGAAUCGAUAUCUGCAGUUGAAGGAGCAGUCACUAUGUCUUGUAUUAUUCAUGCUCCUAUCAGAUACUGCUAUUUUGAAGCAAGUAAUGGCACAAAGAUCAGUGUGGCGCCUGAAACAUUAUCCACGGAUCUGAAAUACGUUGGAAGUGGUUUUAAUGCUGGUGAGUGUGGAGUCAGGUUUACGAAGCUGGUGGCCGGGGACAGUGGCACCUGGAGCUGUCACGUGGGACUCGUCAACCAAACGGGGGAACAAAGUAUCCAGUUCCAAGUCACCAUCGAAGAGCAAUUAAAAGUGCGGCAUUACUGGCACGAGUCGUACGGACUUGUGGUAGAAGCCAGAGUUCACCCCACGAGGACGCUACAUUACUGUAUAUUUGUUCGUUUCGAUGGCCUUGUUUUGACAACAAAGAACAUUUCGGCUGACCACAAACUUAUAUCCAUUGACGAGCGUCACCGUCUACUCCGGAUCAAAAAAACGAGUGGCUUGGACCUCUAUCCUUGGAUAAUCAUCGCGAAAGUCAAAAAACAUGGUUUUGUGACUAGAAACACCACUGACAAUGUAUUCUGGUUCAAACAAACUGCAUCGGGUGCAAACGUCACUGGACAACAAGCAACCAAUGAUAAAUUUGAAAUACAAAGGGUAUUGUUAUCCCGGAUCGACCGUGUGACCAGGAUCGGUGAGCACAUUGACAUGUCGUUAGACAAUUCAGAACAAGAAGAACUGUGCUACUUCAUUUCACCUAAUGGGGAAGAUAGUACUAUAGUCGAGAGCAUUGCUGGUGUGACGGUCCACGAGCGAAGCAUCUUUGUAUCCUGCAGGAUGACAGUGGGUCCUAUCGAAAGAUCGCUUAUAGGAAACUGGACCUUAUGCGCAAGGCGUACAGAUACUGUAAUACACGAACGUUGUCAACACAUAAAUGUUACUUUUAGUAAUAAUAACAACCCGAGCGCUGCUUGGCAUGUCAAUGAGCGUCCUCAGUUCAACCAUAGCGUCAGUCUUGGCAGGUACUUGACACCAGUCGUUAUAGGCGACGGUAACACGAGAUCUUGCCACAUUAUUACUCCAGAUGGUGAAGAUCUGAUUAUUACCCACGAUACCAAUUAUCGGAAUCUGGAGCUGGUAUCUCUGAACCCUUCUACCAGGACCUGUUCCGUCAGGAUAGGUCCGAUAGAAAGCUGGAUGAUGGGAGAAUGGACUCUCUAUGGCAUGUUCAGGCGCAAGGCUAAUAAUGAAGUUAGGUUGCCAAUGCGUCUGUUAUUUUACGACGAAGAGAAUCCCUACACCCAGCCAUACAACAUCACUAAUCUGGACUCAAUCAAUCGCAACGUGCCUUUAGGCCGAACAAUAACUUUAGAAGUGACCGGCACAGGAAACACAGAUGAAUGUGAAUACAGACCUCCAACUGGUCAGAGAUACUUGUUCAAUGCAACUGAUCACUUCCUGGUGUAACAAUAAUGGAUGUUGGAGUGUUAACAAUUUGUCGCAUUACGGUGGGUCCUGUUGAUGCAGAUAUGUUUGGGUCAUGGGAAUUAGUAGGGAGAUUUAGCAACAAUGAAAUAUUUACGGAGCGACGGCAGCCAUUUUACAUAGCCAUGGGAGACCAAGACGAACAGGAAGACACAGAAUGGUUGCCAAAUAUCGAACUUGUUGCAAGAACGGGUCAACUCAUAGAUAUAACUUUAAAUAACAUGAAGCAAGACGAAAGAUGUUUCUUCGAUAACCCUCGAGGAGAGCGUGGUUCUGAGGAAACUGGGAUGAGUGGUGUAAGGAUACACGAGGGUAGCAGAUACGUAUCAUGUAGGAUAACUAUCGGGCCGAUGGAACAAUCACUGAUUGGAAACUGGACGCUUUGUGGCAAUUACGGGCCUGGAAAUAGCUACGAGAGAUGUCAAGCGGUCAAUAUAGCUUGGC